AUGGGAUUUGUCGGUUGGUUUCGUCGAGAGAAGGAACGCGAAGGAGGAGAGGCGAGCAAGAAGAAAAAGAUACAGAAACCACGUAGACGUAUUCCUGCGAUCGCGACAGACGAGAAAGAAAGAGAUGAGGGGAGAGAGGGAAAAGGAGAAAUGGACGAAACACGAGGUGAAGAGAAAAAGAAAAGAGCGAGGAGAAGGGAGAAAGAGAUGGAGGGGAGUCGUGAGAGAAAGAGGAAAGAGGAAAGAGAGGAAAACAGAAAACUGGAGACGACACAAAAAAAGAAUGGGAAGGGAAGGAGCGAUGGGGACACGACGAAGGAGGGCGAAGACGUACAGUAG